AUGUCUGAAUCCCUUGACGGUGGAUGGGGCUGGGUGGUCACAUUUUCAUCCCUAACGCUCAACUUUCUCAUUGGCGGGAUUUGCCAUUCAUUCGGUGUGUUCUUCUUGGAGUUCCUGGAUUAUUUCGGAGGCAGUAACGGGAAAACGCAACUGUUGAGUUCAGUUGUAAAUGGAACCGUUUACCUUCUAGGACCUAUUGCUGGCGCUGCUCUAAAGAGGUUCGGUUGUCGAGGCGUCGCAAUGUUUGGGGCGGUUGUAUCCAGUGCGGGAUUGAUACUGUCCACGCUCUCCAUGGACCUGAAUGUCAUGAUUUUGCUGUACGGCGGAGUUGUGGGUGUGGGCUGUGGGCUAAUGUUUACUCCCUCCAUUGUCAUCGUCAACUAUUACUUCAAUAAGUAUCGAGCAUUCUCCACUGGUAUUGCGAAAUGCGGGUCGGGAAUAGGAACCGUCGCUUUCCCACCUUUGUCGAUGUCAGCCAAUGAAGGAGCUCUUCUAGUAUCUAUCAUCGGCAUUUCUAACACUUUGUCAAAGAUUGUGAUUGGUAAAAUAUCUGACCAAUCAUGGGUCGACUGUAUCCUCAUCAAUUGUGUGUCGCUUGUGAUUGGUGGAGUGACCACGUGUUUUGUGCCAUAUUACCGUCUGUUCAGUAUCCUGGUGACGUACUCCAUCAUAUUUGGAGGAGUUAUGGGGUCAUUUACAACACUGAAUGUAAUUAUUGCGAUAGAGUUGAAGGGUCUUGAGAGACUCCCAAAUGCCUUUGGUCUUCUCAACCUUUGGAUUGGGAUAGCCAUACUACUUGGAUCUCCUAUAGCAGCUGUAAACAAGAAGAACAGGAUGUCUGGACCCCUAGACGGUGGAUGGGGUUGGAUGGUAACAUUUUCUUCCCUUAUGCUCAACUUUCUCAUUGACGGAAUUUGCUUUUCUUUCGGUGUGUUCUUCAUGGAGUUCCUGGUGUAUUUUGGAGGCAGCAACUGGAAAACCCAACUGCUAAGUUCAGUUGUAAACGGAACCACUUUCCUUCUAGGACCUAUUGCUGGCGCUGCUCUAAAGAGGUUCGGUUGUCGAGGGGUCGCGAUAUUUGGGACGGUUGUAUCCAGUGCGGGAUUGUUCCUGUCCACCUUCUCCGUGGACCUGAAUGUCAUGAUUUUGCUGUACGGAGGAGUUGUUGGUGUGGGAUUUGGGUUAAUGUUUACUCCCUCCAUUGUCAUAAUCAACUAUUACUUCAGCAAACGCCGAGCAUUCGCUACUGGAAUUGCGAUGUGCGGGUCGGGAAUAGGAACCUUCGCUUUCCCACCUUUGUCGGGUUUUGUACCAACAAGUGAAAAGACUUCUUCUUCUUCUUCAUUCUAUUCUGUGGCAACAACUGCUUCACAAUGGUAA